CUGAUUCUAUCGUCGUAAACAUUGAACGUAUUCUCAUUCUCUCUUUCUCAGCACCGGCUAAUGCGUCGGAGAAGCUACGUAGCUUAUCGAGUUUGUGCCAUCUUCGUCGCGGACUAACACCUUGGGUGGCAUUUCGUUUAGUUAAGAUAUCAUUGGUAGAUCUUGAAACCGUACGAGAAGGCAAACCGUUUUGUCUCCUGUCACACGACCGCCAAGAAGGAGGAGACUUCUCGCGAAGAGAAACCGUAAUUUAUAUCACGAACUUUGCUAUAUACUUUCUCGUUUUAGACUGUGCUACCUCAAGGAGAAUCGGAUUCUUCAAGAUUUUCUUUCGAUGUCGUUUUGACUUAUUGAAAAAUUCAUCAGAUUUUUAUUCCCAAGGACGUUUUGUUGCGUUCAAUGAUCUUAGUAAAAGUCAAACGAAAGUGAGAUUGUAAACAAAAUAAGUAGAGAAGAUCAGAUCGGCGAAGAGUCACCUAUUUCAUUGUUUACUGUCGAGCCGAUUAGACGUGUGCGGAGCAAUAUGGAUGCUACAAAUUUUACAUUGGAAUUUACGCAAUUAUUAACGCGUUAUACGAAAUCAAGAACACCGAACGUGAACGCAGAACUUAUCGGUACUUCGAAGGCACCAUUGACCUCAGAAACUAUCAUCCAACUUGUGCAAGAAUCCCUUCGUAUUAUUUUACCGGAACCAUAUAUACCUAAUAUAAGUGUCAGUGUUAAUAAAACACCAGCCAAUGAUAUUAUUCUCAAUACUCCGGAUGCACCGUUUAUUCAACGAAUUGGUCUUAAUGAAAAUGGAAUAAUCAGCGAAUGUACUGAUGGCUUAUCGGAUAAAUUAUCAUCUAAUAAAAUUAAUAAGAAGGCGUCGUCAUCGCAGUAUAAUUUAAGAACUACAAGAAGAUCUAAUACCUUCGUUCAAGAUGAUAAUAAUAGUUCGAAGGAUACCGAUAACAGUCCAAUUAAUACCGAGACUGUUAUAAAUGUUGCCGACGAUGACAUAUCCGAAGUUGAGAUAUUUCCAAAUAAUGUACACUUGAAUUUGGACGCUUUACGUAAAUCUGCCUCUGAUGUUAUUACGAACAUCGACGAGUUCAAAAGAAUAAACAAUAUACAGUCAUCGAAUGUAAAAACGAUUCGUCGACUAUCCUCGAUUGGAAGUUCUGUUACACGUCCGUCAAUGUUAAGACCGGAUCAAGCACCGAAGAAAAGAAGAUCAUUCGUUUUUCCAGGGACAACACCGACAUCCUCGAGAUUAAAUAACACGGUAACCGUGAAUGAGAAUCUCUCGAAAAGAAAGAGUACAUCUUCUAUAUCUCUUAACGUCACGGCUACGAACGCGACCUCAACUAAAUCAUUAAUUCCAACACUGUCCAAUGUUCGAUCUCAUUCAAAUUUGUCUUAUUCGACCGUAAAAAAAGCAACCUAUAGCGAAAGUAGACCAAAAAAUCCAAGAUAUGCGCACAUUCAAAGUAGUAUUUCUAGAUCGUCUCUCGCUAGGAGAUAAUUUUAGAAAAUUAUAUUGUUUAUAGGAUCAUUUUCAUUCUUAAGACGUGCGCUUUUCGUAUUUUACUUUAAUUCAUAUAUUCUAAUAUUUAAUAAUCGUUAUUAGUGUUACAAUAAUAUGGUUGCUCGUGACUUGUAAUAUGUAGUUUCUAUAAAUUGUUCUAUGGACAAAGUAAGUAUAAAAGCUUUCUUUUAUACUUCGAAAAAUCUUUCAUAUAAUAUAAUAGAAUGUAAUGAAAAAUUCUUCUUUAGGAUAUGCAAAUGUUAAUGGCUUUUUUAAUUUCUUUAUACUUUCUCAUACGCAAUUAGCAUUUUUAUAUUUUCUAUAUUCUUUAUUCGUUCUGUUCGUUCUAGCCUUUUUCAUUCAUCACGUUUUAAAAUAAAAUCAGUAUAAUAUGCCAUCGGUGUAUAAUAUGCUUUUAGAAAUGAAAUAAUUUAGAAAAUUCGAUAUAUAUUUUAUAGUAAUGAAAUAAUUGCAAUUGUAUGACAUACAAACAAGUGAUUCGUCAUAAUUGGAAAUAUGUUUAGAAAUGAAUGAAUUUAAUUAAUAUCCAUUUAAAUUUGUAUUACAAAAAGAGAGAUACUUGUGAGACUUGUACCGUUGCCCAUCAAUGAACAUAUGUACACGUGAUGUAUAAGGUCGCCGUUAUAUUAGGAAUAAGUGAACGAUUACGUGCAAUCUACGAUGGCUGUUAUGCUAUGAACAGGUUUCUUUGUGUUCGCUUUCUACGACCGCCGGGAGCCAUCAUUUAAUUUGAAUUUCGCUCUCUCGUGCGCGCGAUAUUUUAUUAGAGCUUUUCAGGUCGAGGAAAAGGAUAUUUGCAUUAUUUGACAAUACCAAUAUAAUUCGAUUAAAAUAUAUCGUAAGGAAAUGGGACACAAGAUAAUAGUUUAUAAAUUAAAUAAUUUUUCAAAAACUUCAAAUGUAUCGUACAUAAGAAAAUAAUAUAAUAAUAAAAUACAUACAUACAUAUAUCUAUAUAUACACACAUGUAAGAGCAUGGAAGGAAUUGAUUUAGCCAGAUCGUUCGUGACAUCGACCUCGUUAGUUCAGCUAAGGUUCAAGUUCUAAGAAAAAGUCUUUGUAAAGUUCGUAGAAGAGUUCUGUAACCAUCGAAAUCCUCUCUUUGGGAGGUCCAGGCGAUCGAUGAGGUUGACCACCAGCAGUCGACCGGAACAACGAGAACCUUUUUUCUAACAAACUUGAAAUAUUUUUGAGGGUCUGCGGCUAACACAAAUUUCGGCACGCGCUUCCAAUCUCCACCUUUUUCUUAUUCAUCUUUCACCUCUUCUUCUUCUCCUUCUUUUUCUUCUUCUUCUUUUUUUUUUCAUCUCCCUUUAUCUUUCUCCCUUUCUCUCUCUCUCUCUCUCUCUCUCUCUCCCGCUCUCGGCUUGUCACUCGUCCAUCAAGAAAGACAUCAUGCUGUCAAAGAGAAACGAAAUAAGAAGAAGGAAAGUAGAAGCAUCCUGGCACCCAUAGACAAUCAGAUUCACGCGGCUGUUCCUCAGUUGGACCAACAUCAGACUCCCCGUCGUUUCGUUUGUCCCAUUGAGUUUUGCCUUAUUUCGAUUGCUACGCAUAGCUACGUCAAAAAUCUUAGACGGAUUCUAUACGAAUCGUUUCGUCAUAGACUACGACAUAAACUGAAAACCCUCACUAUGUAUUCCUCGGUGAAUC